AUGCUGCCGGCCUCCAUCCAGAUCACAGGUGAGCAGCUGUCAGCGGCCGAGGUCCAGGACAUCUGUGAGAGUCUGAAGGAGGACAGCGUGCGGCUGCUGUCGGUCCGCGGCUGUCAGCUGUCCGACCGAGACUUCGGCCGCGUGUGUCGCAGCGUAGCAGAGUCUCGCUCUCUGGCUCAGCUCAACCUCAACCUCGCCGUCGUGUCCAGCGUCAGCCGCACCCGACACCUGGCCGACGCCCUGAAGACCAACCGCUCCCUGCAGACCCUGUUUCUCCAUGGUAACCCCCUGCUGGACGCCGGCCUGGUGACCCUGAACGCAGCGCUGUCCACACAUCCAGCGCUGGUCAGUCUGGACCUGGGAGACUGCAUGCUGGGAGACGAGGCGCUGAGGCUCAUCUGUGGCAUGCUGCCGCCAGACGGAGCCAAGUCAGGUCUGAGGGAGCUGACGCUGAGCGCUAACCCAGGAAUCAGCUCCAAAGGUUGGGCUCGACUCACCAUCGCUGUGGCUCACAGCUCACAGCUCCGAGUGCUCAACCUGGACUACAACCCGCUGGGUGAUCGGAUUGCAGGGAUGCUGGCGGUUGCCGUGGCGUCCAGUCGAACCCUGGAGGCUCUGGAUCUGGAGGGGACCGGACUCACGAACCAGUCUGCACAGGUGUUCUUGGACAUGGUGGAGAACUACCCGACCAGCCUGCGGGUUCUGGUUCUGUCGGAGAACGACAUCAGUCCGGAGCUGCAGCAGCAGAUCUGCGACCUGUUGUCCGAAGCGGAGGACGACGAUGACAGAGCGGCCACGCCCCUCCAGCCAGGCCACGCCUCCAGCAGCGCCCUGCUGCCAAUCAGAGACAAGUACCAGCCUAUCAGAGACAAGUACCAACCAAUCAGAGACAAGUACCAGCACCCCGCCUGGCUCCCCCACAGCAACUCCAGCCCCCAGAUGGUCUUGCUGACAUCAGGUCUAGGUGAGAGCUUAUUGGCUGAGACUGAGAUGUGA